AUGGACCUGGAGGACCUGGAAGACUUUGAGGACCUGGAGGACCUGGAGGAGCGUCACAUAGUGGUGGGAGUGUGUGCUAUGACUAAGAAGUCUCGCUCAAAGCCGAUGGUGGAGAUCCUGGAGAGACUCUGUGGCUUCCACUUCAUCCACGUCUGCGUUUUCCCCGAAGACGUAAUUUUAGAACAAGAACCAGAAACCUGGCCCCUCUGCGACGUCCUGGUUUCCUUCCACUCCAAGGGUUUCCCGUUGGACAAAGCUGUGCAAUAUUCAAAACUCAGGAAUCCUCUACUCAUCAACGAUCUAGACAUGCAGUACUACAUCCAGGACAGGAGGGAGGUUUACCGGAUCCUUCGUGAAGAGGGAAUUGACCUGCCGCGAUAUGCUGUACUGAACCGAGACCCCGCCCACCCACAAGAGUGCAGUCUUGUGGAGGGGGAGGACCAUGUGGAAGUGAACGGGGAGGUGUUCCACAAACCGUUUGUGGAGAAACCGGUGUGUGCCGAAGACCACAACGUCUACAUCUACUACCCUACAUCAGCAGGUGGCGGUAGCCAGCGCCUGUUCCGGAAGAUCGGCAGCAGGAGCAGUGUUUAUUCUCCUGAGAGCAGCGUGAGGAAAACCGGCUCCUACAUCUAUGAAGAGUUUAUGCCGACAGACGGAACUGAUGUCAAGGUGUACACGGUCGGUCCGGACUAUGCCCACGCUGAGGCCCGUAAGUCCCCAGCGCUUGAUGGGAAGGUGGAGCGGGACAGUGAGGGGAAAGAGGUGCGGUAUCCGGUCAUGCUGACGGCCAUCGAGAAACUCAUCGCCCGCAAGGUCUGCCUGGCCUUCAAGCAGACAGUGUGUGGCUUCGACCUCCUCAGAGCGAACGGUCACUCCUUUGUCUGCGAUGUCAAUGGCUUCAGCUUCGUCAAGAACUCCAUGAAGUACUACGACGACUGCGCCAAGGUCUUGGGUAACCUGGUGAUGCGGUUGCUAGCGCCCCAGUUCCACCUGCCCUGGUCUCUGCCUCCUGAGUCUGAAGACAUCCCCAUUGUCCCAACAACCUCAGGAACCAUGAUGGAGCUGCGUUGUGUCAUUGCUGUCAUUCGUCACGGAGACCGGACACCAAAGCAGAAGAUGAAGAUGGAAGUGCGCCACCCACUGUUCUUUGAACUGUUUGAAAAAUACGGAGGAUUUAAAAGUGGAAAACUGAAGCUGAAGAAACCCAAGCAACUGCAGGAAGUUCUGGACAUUGCUCGCCUCCUGCUGGUGGAGUUGGUGCAGCACACAGACUGUGAGAUUGAGGAAAAAAAGUCCAAACUGGAGCAACUCAAAACGGUGCUGGAAAUGUACGGUCACUUCUCUGGGAUCAACAGGAAAGUGCAGCUCACAUAUCUGAGAACAGGCAAACCUCAGGCGUCCAGCGGAGAAGAGGACUGUCUGAAAGAUGUGGCCCCUGGGGGCCCCUCUUUGCUGCUGGUCCUGAAGUGGGGUGGGGAGCUGACCCCAGCCGGCAGAGUUCAGGCUGAAGAACUGGGACGGGCGUUCCGCUGCAUGUAUCCAGGAGGACAAGCCAGUAACCGUCGCCUCCGUGGAAACGAGUCUCCCAUUGGGGACUAUGCAGGGUUCCCAGGAUGUGGUCUCCUCAGGCUCCACUCGACCUAUAGACACGAUCUGAAGAUCUACGCUUCUGAUGAAGGACGAGUCCAGAUGACCGCAGCCGCCUUCGCCAAGGGUCUCCUGGCGCUGGAGGGGGAGCUGACUCCGAUCCUGGUUCAGAUGGUGAAGAGUGCUAAUAUGAACGGACUUCUGGACUCAGACUGUCUGUCGGACUCUCAAAACCGAGUUAAGACCAGACUGCACCAGGUCCUUCAGCAAGACCAGGACUUCAGCCCAGAAACCUACGACAAGCUGGCUCCCACCAAGAGUCCAUCUUUGGUGAACUCCAUGAAGUUGGUCCAGAACCCGGUCCAGACCUGUGACCAGGUCUACAGCCUUAUCCAGAGCCUUACGAGCCAGAUCCGUGACCGCCUGGAGUCUCCGACCGCUCAAAACCUGCAGCUGUACCACUCAGAGUCCCUGGACCUGAUGCUCGGGCGCUGGUCCAAACUGGAGAGAGACUUCCGGAUGAAAAGCGGACGUUACGACAUCAGCAAAAUCCCAGAUAUUUACGACUGCAUCAAAUACGAUCUCCAACACAACGGGUCGCUGAGGCUGGAGCAGACUGAGGAGCUGUUGAGGCUGAGCCGGGCUCUAGCCGACCUCGUCAUACCCCAGGAGUAUGGGAUCAGUCCUCAGGAGAAGCUGGACAUCGCUCAGACGUACUGUGUUCCUCUGAUGAAGAAAAUACAACUGGACCUUCAGAGGACGCACGAGGACGAGUCUGUGAACAAGCUCCACCCACUAUAUUCUCGUGGGGUGAUGUCUCCGGAGCGACACGUCAGAACUCGUCUGUAUUUUACAUCCGAGAGUCAUGUCCACUCACUGCUCAACAUGUUCAGAUACGGAGGUUUGCUCGACGAGGAGCAGGACACUCAGUGGAAACAGGCCAUGGACUUCCUGAGCGCUGUCCCAGAAUUGAACUACAUGACGCAAGUGGUGAUCAUGCUGUACGAGGACAAUAACAAGGACCCGUCUUCUGAGGAGCGUUUUCACGUGGAGUUACACUUCAGUCCUGGAGUUCGAGGCUCUGAGAGCGAGAGCGCCCCCCGAGGGUGUGGCUUCAGACCUGCCGCCUCUGAGAACAAAGACCAGGGCAGUCUGGAAGACCUGAGCCAUGACCAGACCGACCAAGCUGCUCUUCCUGUUUCUGAGCCAAUCAGCAUCCAGCGCCGCUCUCCGAUGGUCCGCAAUCGUAAGACCGGAUCUAUGGAGGUCUUGUCCGAGUCCCAGUCCCAGUCCCAGUCACAGACCAAACUGGCUCCUCUCCGACUCUUCUCGUCUGGGACAAAACAGUCUCCUGAGUUCAAACCGAAUGCACUGGGCUCGCUGUGCUCGGGGCUGUUCUCCUGCAGCGCUCCCAACCUGCGGGAGUACAUCCGUGUACACCACCGCAAACACCCCCCGAGACCCGGGCUAAACCAGGACCCGACCAGGACCAAACUGGGUCUGACCCAUGACCCGACAAGGACCAAACCAGCUCAGACCCAUGACCCAAACAGGACCAAACCCCAGGUGAACCAGGACUCGACCAGGACCAAACCGGGGAUGACCCAGGACCUGACCAGGACCAUCCCCGAGCUCCACCGAAAGCCACCACUGUCCCCUGGAAGUCUGCCCUCCACUGUCUUUGGUCUGCACUUCUGCCUGUGUCCUGUGGAGGUGCUGUCUUUCAUCCUCUUUGCCCCGCCCCCUUUUCUUUUCUUUUUAGACUUUCUCUCUUUGCCGCCGAAAAAGAGGUUUUCUGUCACUCUAGCCCUGCACCCAACAAACGGGUUUGAAGGCUGCUCGAUGGUGCCCUCUAUCUUCCCUCUGGAGACACUGCACAACUCUCUGUCUCUGAAACAAGUGGACGAGUUUCUGCAGCGAGUCUGUAAAGACCGCAGCCAUUCCGCGGUGAUGGAGACUCGGGCCUCGUCUGAAGCGUAUCUACAACAGUUCAUCAGCAACUUUGGCAGCGUUCCCUCCAGCGGCGCCUCGUCACCCGUUCAUAAAAACCCUGCCCCCAACACCAGCCUCAGCCAAUGA